CACAGCUUUCUCAUGCAUGGCCGCAUGGCGCCCUGAUGCGUGUUGCGCCGCUUUGCACGUCAACAUGUGCCGCAUCACCUGGUGCAGCCUGGCCCUGGCUGCGGCCGCGGCUGGAGGGCCCGUGUGGGACUACAUCGUGGUGGGCGCUGGCACAGGAGGCUCGCUGGCGGCGGGGCGCUUGGCCGCCGAGGGCUUCCGCGUGCUGCUCUUGGAGGCGGGGCCUUGGGAUCCGCCCUGGCUCUACCAACAGCAGAGCGCUCGAGGACGCACCGAACGGGGCCUCGACUGGAACUAUCCCACCAAGCUCCCGCCCACGCUGCGCGUGCAGAACGCCCGGCACCGCCAGCAGCGCGUGGUCGCCGGGCGCGUGGCCGGCGGCUCCUCAGCGCUGCAUGGAGACGUCUAUGACAAGCCCUUGCUGAACGAGUUCCAGGAGCUCUGGGGCCUUCGAAGCUGGAGCACCGAGUCCGUGGCGAAAGACUUCCACGACAUCGAGGAGGCCUUGACGCUGCAGUUCCGGGGCUUUGAGGACUUGCAGCAGCUGCCCGAGGUGCACCGUCGAGUGCUCGAGGCGCUGACGGCGCUGCCGCUGAGCUUCCAAGCACGGCCGGGCAUCGAGGACAAGGCCGGGCUCUACGGCGGUUGGUGGAAGUUCCGCACCUGCCCACCAACGCCAGCAGAUUGCUACCAGAAUCCAGAGUGUCAAGUGGACGCCGCCUGCGAACGGAGCACACCCUAUCGCGACAUGGUGCAGCCCUGGAAUCAAUCACUGAUCACAACCUGGACGAACGCUUUCGUGACCCAGAUCCUCAUCCACCGCGGCGAGGCCACCGGCGUGCGCGUG